AUGUCAGGCAAAGAACCAGGAGAUUCAGCAUCUGGUCUCCGACCAAAUAAGCGCCACUUCACAGGCCAUGACAGCAAUGGCAAGAGCGUCUACAUCGACUCGCCGCCACAGAAGUACUACGGACUAGAGGGAUUCGGGUGGGUAGCGCGCUCCUUUGCCACGGACAGUAUCCCGGCCGUGAUGAAGGACAAUGCCGAUAUCGCUAAGUACAAGAACGAUCGUGGGAGUGCAAGCUUCAGAAAGCGCGACAUUGUGAUUCCUGGUGGUGGUGUUCACCUUGUGGUGAUGGAUCUCGCGCCAGGUGGAGAGUCAGCAUUUCAUCGGACGAAGAGUGUUGACUUCUCGAUAUGCGUGAUGGGGGAGAUUGAGCAUACGCUGGAUAGCGGGGAAAAGGUCAGACUACUGCCAGGGAUCAUAUUGUACAACGAGGCACGGUAA